AUGUCUAAAGAAUUUACAAGCAGACAUCCUAAUAGAGAACAAUUAACUAUAUUAAUGGCUACCAAGAUUACCAAAGUAAGAUUUAAAGUACAAUAUAAUUAUAAAAAAUGUGAUGGUAACUGGGUCGAUUUAAGAACUCAAAAGAAACGGCAUCAUAUCAAAGAUCCAAGAUUGAGAAUCCCUUCCAGUUUUAUAUCAGUAAAAUAUCAACCAGUUACUUCAAAAUCUCUUCGACAAGAAAAUUUUAGUAAAAAUAUUCAUAUGUUCAAUUACAAUUUAGUUUUAUUUAGUGACGAUAAGCAACAUAUUUUUGAUACAAAACCAGAACCUGUUAUAAAAAAAGAUGAAGAUACGAUCAGUUUUGUCAACGAUGAAGAAGAUGUUUCUCACUUGGAUGUUGAUUAA